AUGGAGGAGGCUCCUUUGAAGAAGUUAUUACUACGUCUUAUUGGUUUUUCUAUUUAUGUGGUCAUCGGUGGAGCUGUUUUUAUGCAAAUCGAAAAAGAGGAAGAUCAAAACGCUGCUGAACAAACGUUGGACGAUUUACUGCUCAAGUGGAUGAAGACAUAUAACAUUUCCAGGGAAAAUGUCACAAACAUGUUACAAGAUUUCCAGAGUUUGAAAGAGAAUGGAUACAAACCAUCAUGGAGCUUUACUAACUCAGUCUACUUUGUUCUGCAGCUACUCACGACAAUAGGUAAGGGUUGAAUACUUCGUACAUACAUACAUAUAUAUACUUUAUUUAUGCUCGAAAUUUACAGAGUAGCUGUAGAGCUAAUAUAUUCGAGAAACUAAGUUAAAAUAAAAUAAAAUAUGCGAUAUUACAAUUCCAAUAUUAUUUAUAAACUAUAUACAACAUUAUGCAUGCAGAGGGAAGUAUAUAACUUGUAAAUCUACCGUGAAAAAGCUUCAUAUCUGGGGAUCUCCUGCUUGAAUUCUAGAAAAGUUUAUUAAUGUUUUGUAAGUGUCUGAGAGAGAGUUCCAUAUUUUGCUAGCUAAGUAUGAAAAAGAGUGCAGACCGUAAGUCGUUGUUUUUGGGUUGGGAAGGGCCAGGAUAUGAUUUCCGCGCAAAUUGUAGGAUGAAGACCGUACGGUGAACAUAUCUUUCAAAUAACCUGGAUAAUUCGUAAAGAACAGACUCUUAUAUAAUGUGAUCAUGAAGUUCUGGAGGCUUUUAAUGAAAAGAGAUUUCAUGUUAACUUUGCUUAGUAGAAUGUCAUAUGGACAGCUGUAGUCCUGUACUUAUUUAUUUAUACUUAUUUUAGUCCACCGCACUUAUUUAUUUUUUUUCUUGUGUCAAAUUACACAAUUCAUAAAAGGGAAAGAUGUUUUUAAAAAAUGAUCGGGAUAAACCAAUAUAUCGUGGCUUCAAUAGCAGCAUAAUUAUCUAAACUGCGGUGAACACCAAAUAUUGCAGUGUUUUUUCCGGGGGGGAGGCACUCUUUUAUUUGGCCUAAGCGGGUGAGCCUCUAAUUAGAUAAACAAGGAAUGAUUUUGAUCGGAUCUUAGGUCUUAAAGAGGGCAUACAAUUUCACCAUUUCACUUCUUGAACUGGGUGGUUUUUGUUUUGAACUGGAAGGUUGGCGAUGAGGGGUCUACAUUUGCGGCACCAACAUUUUUUAAAAAUAUUUUAUUCCGUGAUUUUAGUCGGAAAAAUUAUCUCAUUCUGUAUGUACAAACGAAACGAAUCAGGUAAUAAAGUAAGCUCUCUUUUCUUGAAGUGACUAAACACAGUUUCUGUGACACAAACUUUUGUUUUCGCGCGCCAAAGACUGACGUGAUCUGGAAAAAUAAAAACUUGGUUGUUUUCGCCCCUUGAAAUGCUUUAUCCCUCUGCUGUUAACAUCUUUACUAUGAGAAGACAUGCAGCCAAUGGGAUUUUCUAGUAAAAAUGUGAGGACCAGCAGAGAGAAAUGGCCAGAAGUUGUCUGUAGAAAUUUAUUCUGUUUUCGUCGAUUUUUUCACGUCGCGUGACCCCAGCGCGCGCACAAGUUUUGGGCAUGCGUACUUAGGGAAAAACGUAGAGCAUAAGCAACUAAGACGACGACGACAACGACAACAUCGAUAAAAAAACAAUAGGUUUUAUGAACAAAACAACAGCUCUGCACGUGCAUCUCGCUUUUUAGUACAUUUUUUUGACGUCCACCGCACGACUACGACGUGAAACCUCCCAAUGCGACGUUUAAUGGAGGACGUGGACAUACGACGACAAAUUUUCCUUUCUCUAUUUGAACAUGGAAAAGUCCUUAAGAAUUCAACUCCAGGAAAGUCGCCUGCAUUUGACGAAUUGAGCGGUUCCAAAUAGACGCUAUAAAGUUUGAAAGGAUGCAAAUACAUUUUUUUUAGUGAUAGUGCACUGCCGUUGUCGUCGUUGUUGCUUAAGUUCGCUGAAAGAAACGACGAUAUGUCAAAAUCUACUCAUUAGAAUUUGACAACAUUUGGCAAAAUUCUUGUCAGGGGGACACCUAUCUCUAAAUAAAUUCAUAAGGCAAAAUUUUGCUUGUGUUACUUCUUUUAAAACGCUUAUAUCUCGGCUGUUUUAGAGGCGAUUUAGAUAAAAAUUUUACAGAGACAUUGUGAAAUGAUGGACGUUUCGAAGGCUUGUUUUUUAUCUGGUAGAUCGCGCUUUACAGCGAUGCUUUAAGCCACAGUUCUACCAAACUGGGAAAUUGUGAUUUUGUGUCCAAGUUUGCGGAAAGCCGGAAUAGACGAUAGCACUCUGUGAUUUUAUUAAUAAAUGAUCGGUCAAAACUUCCCUAGUGUGUUUUGUAUUGAGCAGAUUUUGUAAUUUAUAAGUUUGCCAGCAAGAUAUAAUCGUUUAAAUGAGCAAAAUCUGUCCUCCCCGAAAUUAAUGCCCUAUAUAUUUUUUAUAAGCGCUGUUUUAGAAUUCCGCUCUAUACAAAACACACUACAGUCUACGAAGUUUACCCCUCCGCAGUGCCAGCUCGUGAAGUUUUGUUUAUCUGCGCUGAAUUCGUGGACACAAAAUUGUCAGAAAAGUCAAAUUUUGAGACUCUCGAAAGUGUCCCGACUAAAGCACGGGUUCCAAGCAAGACAUGUAAUUAUAAGUACAGGUAAUAGCAUGAUUUUUAGUGAUAUUUGGCAUAAAGACCACGAGUGAUAUUUCAAAAUUGUUGAAAGGCUCGUGCAAUUUGAGACCAUUUUGAAAUAUCACAAAUAUUCAGCUGAAUAUUACCUUGAACAGCGACCAAAAAGUCAUAUUUGCAAAAAAUAUAACCCUUAAUAUUGAUUCGGAAGCAGUUAAUUUACCCUCUGUAUAUUUUGUAUCGUGCAGCCACGUCGAACGAAAUCUGUUGUGCGCCACUUUGUUGCUGUAGUAAGUUGCAUCAUGACCCCAAGGAAUUUAUUAUUUGUCCUUUUCAUUAGGUACUACUGCCUAAAUUUACCCAAAAAAUGUCAAUAAUGUUAAGGCAAACUGUUUUUUUGAGUUAAGACGUAAGGUUUAACAUGUUACUGCAAACUAAGAACGAGAAGUCCAAAGACUACUGCAAAGCUGAUUUAAAACAACGUUUAUUGUUUUUUAUAACAAUAUUCAUAUUUCGGCUGGCAAUAUCAGCCUUCUUCAGGUUUACAGAUGUAUUGAAAACUGUUGUCCGUACGGUUUUUGUUGACAGGUUAUGGCAACAUAACCCCUGCAACAGCUGUUGGCCAAGUUUUUACCAUUAUCUACGCAUUUCCUGGAAUCCCAAUCACUCUCCUUGCAUUGCGUGCAGUUGGAAAAUUGGUCAACAUCGGUUUAAAAAAGGCAAACAGACCCCUACACAGAAAACGUCACGGUGCGGCCUGCCCAGAAACCCAAUGUCCUUUCCUGGAAAAAGCAAAUAUGUGCAUCAAUUUAUGUUGCUUCGUUUUAACUUGGUUGGUGGUAACAACAGUUCAAGCGCGUUUGGAACCAGAGGAGUCUGUUGUGUUUAUUGUUUAUUCCAUGUUCGUGACGUACUCCACUGUUGGAUUUGGCGAUUUUAUCCCGUUUGAAAAACACAAAUCCAUUUUUAUCGUAUUUGUUCUGCCUGGCCUGUCCUUUUUAUCGGGUUUGAUUGAUUCUGUUGUCGCUUACUUGGAAAAAAGCAACGUGUUAGGAAAGCGUUGUUAUAAAUGUGUCAGUUGCCUGGGAGUAAAAAUGAAAGCAAAAAGGGCAAGAAUAAAUUCCGCAGAAGCGGUUAAGGCCCAAAAAAGUCAAGAUACAGUAGAAACGGAUAUUAAUGCAGAGCACGCCGUGUGA